AGAAGGAAAGGCAAAGCAACCUACAAUCACCGAGCCUCCCCACCUCUCCCUCGACAAACCGAUCCCCAUCCACUUCUCUUUCCUCUGAACGCACCUCUACCGCCGACGAGGGCAUUUGCCCGUGUAACUUUACCUGUGUGUGCCCGUCUUCCUCUCCCUGAUCCCCCCUUCUCUCGCUGUCUGCCCGUCACCAUGCCUCUCGUUGUCAACGAAGCCUAGCUUCUCACCGCCUCACCAACCCCAGUCUCCCUCUCAACCACUGACCCCACCGCCCAGUGUAUUUCUAGCCCUCUCCGCCACAGAACCCCUCCUCCGAACCAAAACAAGACAAAACAAAAAAACAAAAAAACAAAAAAACACCUCCCUUGCCAUGGCCUUCUCCGUGGGCAUUGGGGACCGCAUCAAAUCCCCGCGGGACGAGUCGUCGUCGUUCGGUCCCCUCGCGAGUCCGCUACGCUCCAUCGGCAACCAGAUGGCCUCCUCCUCGAGCGAUGCCCGCGGCCAGCUGCACCGACGCUUCACCACCAACAAUAUACCUACUUUGAGCACUCCUUUGUCCCCAAUUGGCCAGCAGCGCAGGCAGGCUGCAGAGCCCGCCGAGUUUACAACUGCGACGUAUCAUAAGCUUCAAGUGCUGGAGAAGAAGAAGCUGGAGUACGAAUAUCUAAAAGAGCAACGCCGCCGAUUCGAAGCAGAGAUGGAACUCAUCGAUCUGCAGUCUCGUCGCGACGAGGAAGAGAUCAACCGCCUAUCGACCGAUAUACGAUACGGCAAGCAUAGCCAGCCGACUACUCCUCCCGAGUACAGCAACGCCAGCAAGGGUUUCCCAACUUCUCUGUCACGCCCCAACCGAUUCAGCAUGUCCAGCAUCAACGGAUUGACCACUCCUCGUAGUGCCCACUCGGGUUCCCAGCUUGCGUCUCCUCCCUCGGCGCCUGCCAACACCAAUGGCUUUCUUUCAGCAAAGUCUAUGCCGGGCUCACGCCGCAACUCGGAUGAGGAUGGUGAUGACUUUGACAACGACGAUUUCAACCCUCCCACGCAGUACAGGAACACCAAUCGCAUGUCUAUGCCUGCCAAAUUCGAGCGAGGACUUCCUGCUCUGGCUGACGUUCUCGGUACCAUCGACACCCACGCAUAUCUGUUUGACGACGACGAAAACCAGCAAAACCAUCUCUCGUCUCCGGAAGCAAAGUCAUAUCUGCAGAUGAACACCACCGACGACAAGUUUCCAAUCCUAGUACGUCGUAACGCAAACGGUACCAACAUGGAGCUAUCUGCUUCGUCUGCCGCUCUUGAUUUGGCCCUUUCACAGUCACCAGGUCCAGACAAUCAGCCCAACGGAUCGAAUGGAUGGUCUGCCCGCCACCGUCAGGCCCAGCAGUCACUCCCAACCAACACCUAUCGGAAGGCCUCGCAAGUCGAAGAGUACGAAGCCUCCAAGGAUUCUACCCCACCAUCCAAGGCUAACGGCAAUCGUCGUUCUGUUGAGUUCAGUCUUAGUCCAAUGGCGUCUGCAGGCAAGCGAUCCAGCUUUGCAAAGCUUCAGCAGUCUUUCUCUAGCAAUGACGUCCCGACGCUGAAGAAUGGAGAGGGUGCGAAUGGCAUGAAUGGCAACAGUGUCAACGCCCACGCUGAACAGCAUCUACACAAUCACAACGCUGGUCUUGGUCGAAUCCCGCCAAACGUCAUGAAUCGCCACAGCCGUGAGCUCUCCAAUGGUUUCAAUUCUGGUCUCCAUGCGAGCGCAGCUCCAUUUGGUCCUGCCAUUACCUCAGCUGCUCCAGGCUCGGUUGCUUCCACGAUUGGCUCGCCUACCAUGUCACAGUACUCUACUGCCUCUACCCCAGCUCCAUAUUACGGCUAUGGCAUGUCGAUGCUCAACAACGCAAUGGGCGGUAUGUCUUUGGGUGGUGCGCCUGGAAAUUACAACGGAAACUAUAACCAGAAUGCCAUGUACAAUCCUCAAGGUGGUAUGACGACUCCCUUCUAUGGAAGCCCUUACGCUGCCUAUGGUCCCAAUGGUCGUGUUCAAGACAGCCAAGCACGCGUCAUUCAGAGCCGUCGCAUGCAGAGCGAUGCCAAUCGUUUCGUCAACUACGAUCUCAAGACGAUGCCCCGUACAGAGAUCUACGCUCUUUGCAAAGAUCAGCAUGGCUGUCGUUUCUUGCAGAAGAAGUUGGAGGACCGCAACCCAGAAUACCUCCAGAUUAUCUUCGACGAGACUGCUGGUCACGUUGUUGAGCUCAUGACUGAUCCAUUCGGCAACUACCUGUGCCAGAAGUUGCUUGAGUAUACCAACAACGAGCAGCGCAACACGCUGGUUCGCAAUGCCGCGUCUUCUCUGGUCUCUAUUGCUCUGAAUCAGCAUGGCACGCGUGCUCUCCAGAAGAUGAUCGAGUUCAUCUCCACCCCCGAACAGAUUCAAAUGAUUAUGAAUGCUCUACGUGAUCAAGUUGUCGAUCUCAUUCAAGAUCUCAACGGCAACCAUGUCAUCCAGAAGUGUCUUAAUCAUCUCAAGGCUGAGGACGCUCAGUUCAUCUUCGACGCCGUUGGCGAACACUGCAUCACCGUUGGAACUCACCGUCACGGCUGCUGCGUCCUCCAGCGCUGCAUUGACCAUGCUUCCGGCUUCCAGAAAGUCCAGCUUGUUGGUCGCAUCACGGCAAACAGCUUCAAUCUUGUCCAAGAUCCUUUCGGCAACUACGUUGUCCAAUACAUCCUUGACUUGAACGAACCCAGCUUCACCAACCCUCUCUGCCAUGGCUUCCAGGGCAAGAUCGCCGAGCUUUCCAAGCAGAAGUUCAGCUCCAACGUCAUUGAGAAAUGCAUGCGAUGCGCCGAUGGCCCUACCAAGUCUAUGAUGAUUGAGGAGCUCAUGGACCCCAACGAACUGGAGAAGCUCAUGCGCGACUCUUACGGCAACUACGUCAUUCAGACUGCCCUUGAGUUUGCUCCCGCCGAAAUGUGCGUUCAUCUCAUCGACGCCAUGCGUCCCAUCUUGCCUGGCAUUCGGCAGACUCCCUACGGUCGUCGCAUCCAAGGCAAAGUUCAAGAGCGCGAGUCUCGCCUUCAUGUCUUCACGGGUCGUAGUUCCGGUCACGGUACUCCGCUUCAACUCACAGCACCUCCUUCCGAGCAGAUCCCUGCUUUUGCUGGUCAAGUCUCUGCAGGUUACCCUGGCGCUCCGAUGUACACCAAUGCUGCCACUUUCGGUGCAAACAUCGUCUCUCCUCAGCCUCAUCGCUUGAGCAACCCGCCCCUUCCCUCUCAUCUUCAGAGUUCUGUACAACAACAGGGCUAUCAGACUUAUGGAGGUGCCUCGGCCAAUGUCAACGGCAACGGCAUGGGCAACUUCUUCUAA